AUGUCUCCACAGGUUGCUGAUAAACUUGUCAUCGCUGUCGACUUCGGCCAGACGAACUCAUCAGUUUCUUACACUUUUAUUCCUGAGGGAUGCCUGCCAGAAAGUCUCCCUAAUUUGUCGCCCAGAACAGUAUCAAAUUAUCUCUCUGGAAUGAUGACUUGCAGAGGAAGUUCGAUGCACUUGGAAGUCCCAACCUUAUUGCGUUAUCCCAGGGACUGGGUCUUCCAACCGCUCGACGAACUCAAAGAAGAGCAACCCGGCGCUAUCCACCCUGACAAUCACCAGAUACACUGGGGCUUGCAAGUCCAGCAAGACAUGUCGAGAGUCAUGUCACACUCUGGCAAUAACCAGACUCUUCUACACGGGUUUAAAAGCCUUAUGAGCCAGUCAGACAACCAUCAGGUGCAGAACGAACGUCUCAUUGAAACACUCCGUCGACUAUCUCAUAAGAGGUCUUGUCCAAGGGAGAUUUCCAUUCAUGAGAUGCUUCUCUUGGUAAUUAUCGACUACCUUACGAAAUUGCUCGGCCACGCCAAAGAUGAGAUCGCAGGGAGCAAUGCUAUUUCUACCACAGAGAUGAUCAUUUGCGUCCCAGUAUUCUGGAAGAAAAAAGCCCUGCGAGACAUGCAAACUUGUGUGAGUAUAGCCAUGAAGCGGGUCAAUUUCCCUGGGGUUAAAUUUAGCGGCGGCUGUAUGGAGAAAGUAUUCAUGAUACCAGAGCCAGAAGCUGCGGCGACACGGCUACUCGCCGGCCCAUCUGUCAUUCAAGAAGGGGAUGUUUUCACGAUCCUCGAUGUCGGAGGAGGGACGUGCAAUGCCGUGACGUAUGUUGUCACCCAAGGAUUGCCUCUCAGGCUGUCCAGGCAGGCCGUGCAUCAUAGCGGCGAUUCAUGUGGCUCCAAUGCACUGAACGAUGCAUUCCGGCAGCUGCUAAGAAUUCUGCUCGCAGGCCACGAGUAUUUGAGCCGUGACGGGGCAACAUUAGAGGGCUACAUCUGCAAGUUGGCCGUUCAUGACUUCGAGAAUUUUAUCAAGGCCAGAUGGGUCGUCUCUGAGGACAACGAGAACAAGAAGCUUGAGAUCAUUGGGCUUAAGUUUGAUCCUGGAGUUCCCAACCAAGCAGAGGACCCUCAACUGUGGCAGCCCAACCAGUUGACAAUCCGAUCCGAGCAUCUGAACGAGAUUUACGCAAAGAAAGUCGCCUUGACGGGUGGAUUCGGGGAAUCGAUUGCUCUACGAAGGCAUCUCCGUGAGACUCUCGAGAGUUUCAACGCUGCCAAUAAUUGCAAUGUAGGGCUAUAUCUCUUCGAGGCUCAUAAUCGGAUCACGGCAAUUGAUGCCGUUUCCUUUGGAGGUGUUUUAAGGGCACUUGACAAAUCGAACGGUCCCACUAGAGUGGCAAGAUCAAGUUAUGGCGUUCGCUGUGAUGAGCCUUACGAGCACCCGAAGCAUGGGGGACAGCCGACUAUCCCGGGCUUCCAGGACUCGAGCGAACGCUACGUGGAGGCCAUAGAAUGGAUUUCGAAGAAGUCAAGCCUUUACUUCUUGUAUCAAUGGAAAAAUUAG